AAGAAAACAGUGAUAUGCUCUAGCUCUGUUAAACAAGUCCAUAACCCGAUAGCGUAUGACACUACCGUUAAGUGGGGCACACCGAUACGGGAGAUCGGGGUGUCCUCUGCCAAGUGUCGCAUAGCCAGGGUGAUGUAUGUCGGGAAUAUGAGGGAAAUGGAAGGUCAGUUGUUGGUAUUUUGAGAUCCGGACUCCAGCACUUGCCGCACGUACCUUUCCCUUUUUAGUAACUCGCCUGUAGUGUGCACCGGGUCAGGAGAGCAUGCAUGAGCAAAACGUCCAGGGUCACCAUACACUGCUCUGUCACCGUGAAUCUGCUGUUUUGAUUAUCGGGUGGGUCAGGGCUGCAGUUCUGCAAAGACGUCCUCUCCUCACGAUGACCGUCGAGAUUAAGUGAACCCGAGGAGGUAUUUUUGUAAACUAACGGGACCUUGCGGUGGACUAUAAAGUGGACGUUUUUGUUUCCCGUAAUUUACUAAUAUAGGCUGUUGCACGCAUGAUAUGAGUCCUGAUCAGAUGUAAUAGUCCAAUAGCACGUGUUAUUUAUACACAUCCGACUGUGUGUGCACAGAUUAAUUACAGAAAGUUUAGGCUGAGUGUUGUGGAAGUGCAGUCUCAACUAUACAUGCAUAUCUGUGCAUCCCAUUUACCAUUCCACUGGAUUACCACCUGUCUACAACGUCAGGUCCCUGCCGCCCCCAGCACAAGUUGAAGUCAUCGCAGAAGGACAAGGUUCGGCAGUUCAUGUCCUUCACACAGGCUGGGGAGAGGACAGCCGUGUACUGCCUGACGCAGAAUGACUGGAAACUAGAAGUCGCCACAGAUAAUUACUUCCAAAAUCCAGACCUAUACUACAAAGAAUCCAUGAAAACCUCUGUAGACCGCAAGAAGCUGGAACAGCUCUACAACAGAUACAAAGACCCGCAGGAUGAAAACAAGAUAGGCAUUGAUGGGGUCCAGCAGUUCUGUGACGACCUGAUCCUGGAUCCAGCUAGCGUGAGCAUCCUUGUGGUGGCAUGGAAGUUCAGAGCGGCCACGCAGUGCGAGUUCAGCAGAAAGGAGUUCCUGGAUGGCAUGGCUGAGCUAGGCUGUGACAGUCCUGAAAAACUCAAGGCGAUCCUUCCCAGACUAGAGCAGGAGCUGAAAGACACUGGGAAGUUCAAAGACUUCUACCAGUUUACCUUCAAUUUUGCCAAAAACCCAGGCCAGAAAGGUUUAGACCUGGAGAUGGCUGUCGCUUACUGGAAUCUAGUUCUCACUGGUCGCUUCAAGUUUUUGGAUCUCUGGAACCGCUUCCUGGUGGAGCAUCACAAACGCUCCAUUCCUAAAGACACGUGGAACCUCCUCCUUGACUUUGGCAAUAUGAUCACAGACGACAUGUCAAACUACGAUGAGGAAGGGGCGUGGCCUGUCCUCAUAGACGACUUUGUGGAGUUUGCUCGGCCGAUUGUGAUGAGUAAGCGCAACAUGACAUAAUGUUUGUCCCGGCUUCAUGCAGCAAAUGGAGUUUUUGUUUCUCCCAAUUUUCUUCUUUUUUUGAAUGAGGAUUUUCAUACAAAUGAGCCAAAAAGAGAGUACUUCUCAAUAAGCCUGUCUGCAGCUUGAUGUUAAGAUUGUUCCUAAAACUGCAUAAGAGGCCUUGAACAGGAACAGCGCAAGAGGAAAACAGGAGGGGAAUCAACAGGAGAGAUAUUAAUUACGUUUCUUUUUUUUGGCAAGGACAGACUUUGUUAUUGCAAUAUGGAAAUGAUGAGUACCCUGAAACUCAUCAACAAUGGGUGUGGCUUGGAACUGCUGCUGACUUUUUCACUAAGCUGCACCCUCGGCACAGUCAGGAGGGAAGGUAACGGUGAACCCUCAGCACACGCAGAAGAUUAAUCUAUAGAUGCAGUAGGAUGUGGCCUCUUACAUUGUCAAUCGUGAAUGGGACAGUCCGUUCAAAUCUGCAUGUUUAUGUCAGCUAGUGUGAAACAGUGCCAUGGAUGUUGAGGAGGGGGGUAAAACAUAGUAGUGUACAUUAUUUUCACUGAGAUUGCGAGUGUGGAGCUCUCUAACAAUCACACUGAGAGAAGAGAGAAAGUGUGUGUGUGUGUGUGUGUGUGUGUGUGUGUGUGUGUGUGUGUGUGUGUGUGUGUGUGUGUGUGUGUGUGUGUGUGUGUGUGUGUGUGUGUGUGUGUGUGUGUGUGUGUGUGUGUGUGUGUGUGUGUGUGUGUGUGUGUGUGUGUGUGAGACCAUUUUUAAGGGAGGUAAACAUAUGGCCUCCUUUACAAUACAAUGCUUUAUAUUUUCAUUUGGUUUUAUGAUGAUUAGAAGUUAAGAAAUUAUGAUUCACCUUAACUAGCCAGAGAGGAAAAGUUCAAGUCAACAUUUUGUAUUCACACUUAGUAUUGGACAGAGCGGCAUGCUUUUCAGGCUCAGCACCAGCAGAAUCAUGUUGUUACAGUUGUAAAACGCUGUAUACCAAUAGAAAUAAGAAAGAUCCCGUUUUAAAGAAAUAAAAAUGUAUAUCUGAGAAAACAGGUAAUGACAUUUAUAAUCAUGAUUGGUACAGACACAGCGUUUAGAUCCUCAUUUUUUAAAUGCUACUGCUUUAAAUACUUGACUUUUGUUUUGCAGUGUGUGAACUGCUGUACAAAGAGAGACUGACUGGCACAUCGACUGUUUUCUAUUAGCCAGGUGAUUUGCCAACUGUGCAAACUGCACUGAUUUACACUUUUUCUGUUGUAGGAUUUUCUUUAUCAGGCAGUACUGUACACAGCUACUCAGUUUACUUGACUGUAGCUUCACUAACAUACUAGACUUUUUAAAAUAAACAUCUACAUCCAAGCUAAGGGUAUUUUAACUGUUAGUUUACACUGAUUGAGUUUUAGUGUUUUUCUUUUUCAUGAAUUAGUGACUGUAGUGCAAUGGUGGCAUGUUUAAGUACAGAAAAAAACGUGUCACUUUGAGAACAGUGCUUAACAGUGCUUGCACUGCCAUCUAGGGGUGCAAUGCUUUUCCACCAAACAAGAUCUAGUGUUGCUCUUUAAGUGCAGUUAUAAACGAUAAAUGCACCAUGCUUUCCUCGGCUAAAGAGUGUGGCAGAAGGUAGAGCUCAGGUACCAGUCGUCCUCUCCAACAGUGAGCAACAGGUGGCUUCCUCCACCUACAUCACUAUUUGCCAUCUAAUUAUGCCAUCUAGUUCUACCAAUUGUCCCCAUAAGAACACUUUUUCCAUGUUGUUAAAUGAGGAUAAAUUACCGGUUAACAAAUUUCAAAUCCAACUACAGUUUUAAUGAAUGCCUUUUGUUUUUCACAAGUAGACAAACUUGUGUUGAGGUUUGCAUAUAUGUAGGCACAGGUCAUAACUAAUGUGGGGUGCUUUAAGUAGACUUUCAGAGUGGAUCGGGAUGGGAAUUUAUUAUUUUACACCCUGACAAUUGAGUGGCAAAGGAAACAGCUUUAUUAUGACUGUAAAACAGUCACUGUAGCAGCUGGUACAUGUGUCAUAAUGUGUUGGUGGAAUCAAAUAUCCUGUAUAACUUUCUGACCGUUCAAGUUGUUCAGUUUGCUCACAUGGUACAUUUGGUACGUGUUUAUUUGUCAAAUGUCUGGUCCAUUGUGUCAAGUCAUGGAGAUCAUUCUUAUCAAAACAAAAAGUAUUAUUGUUGCCAGCAAGGAAACAGGUAUUUACAGAAUAUUAUGUUUUGUCACAGAAGCAUAUCGUUCAUUGUUUUCUUUCAGAAAGUUGUGAAUAAAGCAUGUUGUUUUUAAAGA